CUCCCACCAACACAGGGGUGACAGUGGAGAAGGUAAACCGGGGGCGUGCGUGUCGGCGGACAGUCUCCGCCCCCCGGAGAGCAGGCUGCUGGAGGAGCCGCUCAGCUCUCACUGAGUUCAGAAACUGUUUGCACACCAAUCCAACACUGCAUGCUUGUACAAAUUGGGAUCACACAUCUCGGGGCGGUGGAUUUUAUUAGCUGGACGUUGCCGGGCACAAUUCACCUCAGUGGACAUCCCAGCUGGUCAGCAGUUUUUUUUUUUAUUACUCUUAACACUAGUUACAUCCAACAGUCCUAGGUUUCUCAACUAGGGUGUUCAGUGACAUUUUCGCAGGGAAACAGCCGGUGACAGUCAGGUUUGUGCACCGAGCGGCGUUUGGAGCAGCCCAUGAAAACAGGAGAAGAGAGAAAACCAAGAGAAGUCAUCAGCUUCAUCUGAACAAAGACGACGGACAAGCAGAUACACAUGGGGCAGGGAGAGGCUUCAGCACAAGGGACAACCAUGGAGGGGGAUUGUCUCAGCUGCAUCAAGUACCUCAUGUUUGUCUUCAAUUUCUUCAUCUUUUUAGGAGGCUCUUUUCUCCUGGGAGUGGGAGUGUGGGUGCUAGUGGACCCCACAGGGUUCAGGGAAAUUGUAGCAGCCAACCCCCUGCUUUUCACUGGGGUCUACAUCAUCCUCGGCAUGGGAGCCAUGCUGUUCCUUCUGGGCUUCCUCGGCUGCUGUGGGGCUAUCCGUGAAAACAAGUGUCUGCUCCUCUUUUUCUUCAUGUUCAUUCUCCUCAUCUUCCUAGCCGAGCUGGCUGCUGCCAUCCUGGCCUUCAUAUUCCGGGAGCAUCUGACCAGAGAGUACUUCACCAAGGAGCUGAAGAGACAUUAUCAGGGCUACAACAACACUGAUGUCUUCACCUCCACAUGGAAUGCCAUCAUGACUACAUUUGACUGCUGUGGGGUGAACAGCCCAGAGGAUUUUAAGGACAGCCUGUUCAGGCUGAUCAACCAAAAUCAUGUGGUGCCAGAAGCCUGCUGCCAGCGUGCCAGUCAGACCGGGGAGCUGGUCUAUAUCAGCCAGGAGCAGUGCUUAUUGGGCAAUAUGAUGUUCCGCAAUAACAAGGGCUGUUACUCGGCAGUAGUCGACUCCUUUGAACUGUACAUCUAUGUGGCUGGAGCGCUGGCCAUUGUGGUGUUGACCAUUGAGCUCUUUGCCAUGGUCUUUGCAAUGUGUCUCUUCAGGGGAAUCCAGUAGAGCUGCUCCAUCUUUGAACUUCUUUUUUAACAGAAGGGAAUUCAGGAGAUAAGAACAAAAUGGACAAUUGUAAAUGUGUUGAUCUCUUUUUCUAAUGACCAAUUGGUAGAAUAACAAACUUUCAUACUCUUGUACUUCACAGCUGGACUUUUGAGGUACUGGGUGGCAAAAAAAUACAUACACACAUAAACCUUAGAGAAAGUGGAAGAUCAGUGACAAAACUGUAAAAAAAAAAAAAAAAAAAAUUAAAAAACUGUUUAAAAUGGAAACUAUUUUGUGGACCAGGUCUAGAACAGACUGGGCGUAAAGUGGACCGGGCAUGAGGACCAGAUGAAGCCUGAGCAGAAGGCACUGCACUGACUUUUUGAUGAAGAAUAUUUAUAUUAAGUAAAGUUGGCUUAACUGUUAAAAAAGUGUUUUAUGUACAUAUUGACUGUUAACCUUUUCCCUUUCAUGGUGUAUACUGUAACACACUCCCUCCACAUGCCUUUUACAGCCACUCCUCUUUAAUGCUGUAUUAUAUAAGCGCUCUCUGUGUGUGUGUGAGUGUGUGUUCAUACUGGAUGCUCUUUUUAAAUGCAUAUGAACUAACUUGUGAGCAGUGGGCUUAUGGCUUU